GUUACCAUCCAUCACCUUCUCUCUCUCUCCUCUCACACACACAAACACCAAAAACACACACUAGUUCUCUCUUCUUCGAUAGUUGUCAUGGUUCCCGCCUAUCGACACAUCAAUUCCUAAACCCUAGCUUUCUCUGGCUUUCUUUCUCUCUCUUUGUUCCCCCUUUUUAAUACUCUUUGUUACUUCUGGAAAGAAAAAGAUUGGGUCUUUUUGAGGGUUUGAAUACAUGUCCUUCAAUCAAUCAAGGGGUGAUAAGAACGAGCCGCCACAGCACAGAAAAUUGGGUCGAUCCGGUAACGCUGCCUUGCAAAGGAACUACUCCGGGGGUGGCGGGAAGGGCGGCGGCGGAGGAGGUAGUACCACCGCCCCACCAUCCUCCUCUUCAUCUUCUUCUAAUAGAAGCUUUAAGAAGGUGGGUAAUUAUGCACAAGGAGUACAACCUAGGGUAAACAGUCCCAAUAUAAAUUCGAAUUCGGAUUUGUUGAAUUCUUCUACUCCUGGAGGCACUACUGUACCUAAUGGCGCACAUUUACAACUGCCAGCACGAGGUGCAUCUGGUGCUCCAGCAGCGGGUGCUACUAUAAAGCCAUCUGAUGUAUCAACCCAGAAGAGCACCCCAGGCCUACCAAGGGCUCCACAGGGUAAUGCAGCCGUUCCCAGUUCUGAUGCCACUGGUCCUUCGACUCCGACAAAGGGGCCAGCAGAUGCUUCUAGGGCAUUUCCUCUUCAAUUUGGGUCAAUUAGUCCUAGUUUAAUGAAUGGGAUGCAGAUUCCUGCCCGAACCAGCUCUGCCCCACCAAAUUUGGAUGAGCAGAAACAGGCCCAGGCUCGUCUUGAGGCAUUAAAAGCUACUAAAAUUCCGACUUCAGCUGUCCUGAAACAGCAGUUACCAAAGAAAGAUGCUGGUGUCAUUGAUCAAUCUAAUGCUAGUGAGGCGCAUUCUGUCCCAAAAGCGAAAAAAGAUGUACAAGCAUUAGCUACUCCCCCUGCAACCCAAUCUCAAAAGCUUUCUGGCCCCUCAAUUCCCGGGGUUCCCAUGCAAAUGUCAUUUCACCAUUCUCCACUUCAUGUUCCAUAUGGUGGUCCAAAUCCACAGAUGCAAUCUCAGGGAAUGGCAAAUAGUUCGUUACCAAUGCCGCUCCCUAUACCUUUAAUGGGCAAUCCACCUCAAGUACAGCAACAGGUAUUUGUUACAGGUCUCCAACAUCAUCAGAUGCAGCCUCAGGGGAUCAUUCAUCAAGGUCAAGGUCUGAAUUUCUCGUCUCAAAUGGGACCUCCCCAAAUGCCUCCUCAGUUAGGAAAUAUUGGAAUUGGUUUAGGACAACAUUACCCGCCACAGCAGACAGGAAAACUUGGUGCUCAUCGUAAAACCGUCAAGAUUACUCAUCCAGACACACAUGAGGAGCUGAGACUAGAUAAACGGUCCGAUGGGUAUGCAGAUGGUGGGUCAAAAGGUUCAGGCCCUAGGCCUCAUCCUCAUGUGCUGCCUCAGUCUCAGCCGGUUCCAACAUUUCCUCCUGGUCAUAUGGUGAACUACUAUUCUAAUUCCUACAAUGCCAACUCCCUUUUCUAUCCACCACCCACUUCUAACCCUUUGACUAGUGCACAAACUACUCCUGGUUCUCAGGCACCAAGGUUUUAUAGCCAGGUGACUGUAAAACCAGCAGCUAAUGCACAUGAUAAGGUUAGUGAUUCAUCAUUGCCGGGUAGCUUGCCUGCUAUUGACAAAAAUGAGCUCCCCAAAACUCCAAGGACGCAUGGAGAAACUUCAUCCACUCAUUCUCAAAGAGACCCUGAAACCAGCAGUGGAAGCUCUACACAACAUCCAAACUACACUCUGUCGCCUAUGGCAACUAAACCAACUAAUGCGACAUUUGGGUCUUUCCAGUCCGAGAAUUUAACCAACUCUUCCUCUACUGCUUCUGCUGCUACCGUUGAGGAUUCUGUGCCACUUGUGAAUAGUGAGGCGGAAGUUGCAAAAGAAGCAACAGUUAGCAAGUCUAGCUCCUUCAAAGAGGAACCGAUAAAGCCAGGAAAAAAGGUCCAAUAUACCCCCCUAGAUCAGGUGGGUGGACAAUCAGCCUCAAUUUCAACGUCUAUUUUAGAGACAGUAAAGUCUUCGACUCCUUUCACAGGAACCAAAGAGGAGGUUUCCGAAACCAGCAAAAAAGUAGUGCCUAUAGCUGUUACCGCCAGUGCUCCUGGCAGCUCUUUAAAAGGUAGUAGUGGUGAAGAAGGCCUCAAGUCUAUUGAAACAAUUGGUAGCGAGACUAAUUCUGAUAGCUCUCUCAAGAUUGAAGAGCCAAAGGCUGAAUCGGCAGUGUCAGAAGACCAAGGAUAUGUGACAACCAAUGAGCCUGAGCAACAUGAGGUUGCUACAUCCGUAAGUGAUCUAGAUAAAAACAGUGGUGCCAUGGAGGUAACCAUGACAAAGAUCGAGACUGGAUCCUUGGACCCUGCAGUGCCUGCCAUCAAUGAUGAUAAAUCUUUGCCAUCAGCUUCUGCAGCAGAUGCUGACGUUCUUAGUGCUGAAACUUCACUUAGUUUGGGGACUUGUCGUGGGGAUGAUAUCUCAAGUUCAGAUGUUUCUUUAAGUACGCUCGUUAACAUGGGUGCUGAGGGUGCUGGCAAUGGAGAAUCUGGUACAUUAGAUCAUGGUUCUGCUGCUGUUUCAGUUUCUGUUCCAGACAGACCACCUUCUUUUGAUGGAGAAGAUGUGGGCAACAGGGCCAGCUUGAUAUCUCCUACAUCAUCAGGUUCCAUGGAUAAAACUUUAUCAGAUACUAGCAAAGCAAAGGGUAAUACAUCUAAACCAAAGAAAAAGAAAAAAGAGUUUCUAAAAUUUGCUGAUGCUCAGGGGACAACUUCUGAUCUUUAUAUGGCGUAUAAAGGUCCAGAGGAAAAGAAAGAAACUCCAUCUGCUGAAAUCGUAGAAAACUCUUCUGCGAUAACACAAAAGCAGGCAUCUGUCGAUUCAUCUGAGAAAGCUGUUCCAUGUGAUGAGAAACGUGGCCACAACAAGUUUGAGCCUGAUGAUUGGGAGGAUAGAGCAGAUAUUUCUACUCCCAAACUUGAAACCUCCUUUAAUGGGAAGUCGGUCGAUGGGAUGGCCAAAAAGUAUUCCAGAGACUUCCUGCUAAAAUUUGCCGAACAGUGUACUGAACUUCCUCAAGGGUUUGAGUUUACUCCGGAUACAGCCGAUGUAGUGAUGUCAAAUGUUAAUGUUUCUCGUGAACCACAUCCAAGCCCUGGUAGAGGUGGUGAUAGAGUACCACCGGGAGCUCGACUAGACCGCCGCCCAAGUAACGUUGGCCAUGACGACAGAUGGAAUAAAUCACAGGGACCUAUGGGUUCAGGAAGAAUGCAAAGUGACGUCAGCUAUGCUGGAAAUACAACCAAUUUUAAACCGAUGACUGGAGGGAACUACGGCAUGUCACGGAACAGGACACAGACACCGGGUCAGUAUGGCGGUGGCAUCUUGUCUGGGACAAUGCAGUCCCCUGGCCCACAUAUGCAACGUAAUAAUUCCGAUUCUGACAGGUGGCAACGUGUGGCUGGUAAUCAGAAGGGGUUAAUACCCUCUCCCCAGACUCCAAUGCAGGUGAUGCACAAAGCAGAAAGAAAGUAUGAAGUGGGUAAAGUAACAGAUGAGGAACAGGCCAAGCAAAGGCAGUUGAAGGGUAUCCUAAACAAGCUGACUCCUCAAAACUUCGAAAAACUGUUCGAGCAAGUUAAACAAGUGAAUAUCGACAAUGCUGGAACUCUUUCUGGUGUAAUCAAUCAAAUAUUCGAUAAGGCUUUAAUGGAACCCACUUUUUGCGAAAUGUAUGCCAAUUUUUGCUCACGUCUUGCUGUAGAGUUGCCGGAUUUUAGUGAAGACAAUGAAAAAAUCACUUUUAAGCGAUUACUUUUGAACAAAUGUCAAGAAGAAUUCGAGAGAGGAGAACGGGAAGAAGAAGAAGCAAACAGAACCGAGGAGGAAGGUGAGGUUAAGCAGACAGAGGAGGAAAGGGAGGAAAAGAGAAUUAAGGCACGGAGACGCAUGUUGGGUAACAUCAGACUUAUUGGCGAGUUGUUCAAGAAGAAAAUGUUGACCGAGAGAAUUAUGCACGAAUGCAUAAAGAAAUUGUUAGGUCAGUAUCAGAAUCCUGAUGAGGAAGAUAUUGAGGCAUUGUGCAAAUUGAUGAGCACAAUUGGGGCGAUGUUCGAUCAUCCCAAAGCCAAGGAGCAUAUGGAUGUAUAUUUUGACACCAUGUUUAGAUUGUCAAAUAAUAUGAAACUUUCUUCAAGAGUGAGGUUCAUGUUGAAGGAUGCUAUUGAUUUGAGAAAGAACAAUUGGCAGCAAAGAAGGAAGGUCGAAGGGCCAAAAAAGAUCGAUGAAGUACACAGAGAUGCUGCUCAAGAACGGCAUGCACAAUCUAGUAGAAUGGCUCGUGGAUCAAGUUUCAACUCGUCAACUAGGAGUCGUCAACCCAUGGAGUUUGCACCCAGAGGGUCAAAUGUCUUACCAUCUCCAAAUGCUCAAAUGGGUGGUUUCCGUGGAUUGCCCCAACAGCAGCCUCGUGGUUACGCCAAUCAAGAUGCCAGAGUUGAGGAAAGAUCAUCUUUCGAGAACAGGGCAGUUUCAUUUCCGUUAAGACCCAUUGGUGAUGACCCUAUAACACUUGGUCCCCAAGGUGGUCUUGCUAGGGGGAUGUCAGUUAGGGGACAAUCUUCGAUGCAAAGUAUGCACUUACCCGAAAUGCCUAGUCCUGCAGACCCCAGACGGCAUGCAGCCGGCCCAAAUGGUUAUGGUUCUGGUUCUAUACCAGAGAGACAAACUUCUGGUCCAAGAGAUGAAUUUGUUCCUAGAUACACUUCAGAGAGGUUGGCCCCUUCACCUGCUUAUGAUCAGUCGCAUGUUAACAGGAAUGCCGAGCACAAUUUUGAUCGAGGUAUGCCUUCUUUGCCAUCUCCACGAGUCUGGAUGCCUACUCCUUCACCAAAUGUUCCUGCAGAUAAGGUCUGGCCGGAAGAACGUUUACGUGAUAUGUCCAUGGAGGCAAUCAAGGAAUUUUAUAGUGCAAGAGAUGAGAAGGAAGUUGUUCUAUGCAUCAAGGAAUUGAACGCACCCAGUUUUUAUCCUUCAAUGAUAUCCAUCUGGGUCAGUGAUUCAUUUGAGAGGAAGGAUGCCGAUAGGGAUUCACUUGCUAAGCUUCUCGUCAAUCUCACAAAGUCUCAAGAUGGAGUUUUAAGUCAAGACUCACUUAUUAGAGGAUUGGAAAGUGUUCUUGCGAGUUUGGAGGACAGUGUGAAUGAUGCUCCUAAAGCAGCAGAGUAUCUCGGGAGAAUCGUAGGAAAGAUGCUAUUGGAAAAUGUGAUACCAUAUAAAGAAGUGUGGCAGUUGAUAUAUGAAGGUGGAGAGGAGCCAGGACGACUGGUUGAAAUAGGGCUUGCGGCUGAUGUUGUUGGAGUGAUUCUGGAGAUGAUUACAUCGGAGAAAGGUGAAGCAUUUUUGAACGAGAUUCGUGCAGGCUCUAAUCUUCAUGUGGAGGGGUUUCUACCUCGGAAUAGUACAAAAGCAUCGAGAUUAGACAAGUUCAUUUAGAUGAGAUGAGAUGAGAUGAGAUAGAAGUGAGUGAUGAUGCUCAUUAGAGAACAAAUAUCCAAAUCCAAUGGGUUAGUAGCAGCAGCCAGCAUCAGCAAUAUAUAUGUUUUGAGGUUUUUGAUGGGUUCUUUAUUCUAAAUUUGUUAACUUGAAAAGAUUAUCUGCAACUGCAAAAAGGUUCAAAGGAGCAUCCAACUUUUUCUUCAAA